GCAAAAGUGUAUUCGUGACUCAGCUUGUGCACGCAGCGCCCAAUUCUCGAAGGAAUAGUCGAAAAUCUAUGCAGCCAUUGUUGCAAGAUCCGAACCACAACGGUGCACAAUUGUCGACAAAAUGAGUGCACCUUCGAAUUCAAAGAGUGGCACAUCGUCUGGCGGGGCCACUGGACCGAACGCCCCUAGUGGGCCCGUCUCGGUGCAGGAGUUCGUGAUACGAGUGCCGAAAAACAUGAAAAAGAAGCACCACGUCAUGCGGUUUAAUGCAACGCUCAACGUAGACUUUGCCCAGUGGCGCACGGUGAAGAUGGAGCGGGAGAACAACCAGAAGGAAUUCAAGGGUAUGGAGGAGGUGAUGCCAAAGUUCGGUGCCGGGUCGGAGUUUAAUCGGGACCUGCGCGAAGAGGCACGCCGCAAGCGGUUCGGAAUCAUCUCGAAGAAGUACAAACCGGAAGCGCAACCGUGGAUAUUGCGGGCCGGGGGCAAAAACGGCAAGAUGUUCCGGGGCAUCCGGGAGGGCGGCGUGGGCGAGAAUGCCGCAUUCUACGUGUUCACGCAUGCACCGGACGGUGCGAUCGAGGCGUAUCCGCUGAACGAAUGGUACAAUUUUCAACCGAUCAAUCGCUACAAGGCCCUCUCGGCGGAAGAGGCCGAGCAAGAGUAUGGGCGGCGCAAGCGAACGAUGAACUACUUUUCGCUCAUGUUCCGGAAGCGCCUGAAGAAGGGCGAGGACAAUGAGGCUGACGACCAGGAGGAGACGAAGGGAAAGAAGGGCGAAGGGGGCAAGAGUAAGGACCUGAAGAUCAGUGAUAUGGACGAGUGGAUCGACUCGGACGAUGUGUCGUCGUCGGGCGAUGACGAUGACGAAGGAAAACCGAAACAGAAGGACAGCGACGACGAGGCGAACGAAAAGAAGGCAAAAAACAAAAAGAAAGCGCUGGCAGAUAGCAAGAAAAAGAAGCGCGACGUGGACGAGGAAGCGUUCGAGGAGUCGGACGAUGGCGAUGAGGAGGGCCGCGAACUGGAUUACAUUUCGGACUCGAGCGACAGCGAAUCGGAUCACGAUGCGAAGGUUGUGAAGGAAAUGAAAUCGGUCGCGGAAGAGGAUGCACUCCGGAAGCUGCUAACGUCCGACGAAGACUCGGAAGAGGAAGAGAAACCGUCCGAGGAGGAUGAAGAAAAAAAAGAGGACGAAAAGAAUGGCAAAACGAAGGAAAAGGACAAGGAUGGCAAAGAGAAGGACAGCAAGGAGGCCAAGAAGAAAAAGAAAGCCAAGAAAAACAAGAACAAAAAGUCCGAAUCGGACAAGAAGGACUCGUCGACGGAUUUCAGCUCGGACAGUUCCGAUUCAGAUGCGGCCGAUGCAAAGACCAAGAAGAAACUGAAAAAGGAAAAAGAAGGCAUUGGCUCGAACCUAUCUAGUGCAAACAAUUCCAGAUCAGCGUCACCGAGUGUUGGCCAGCUGGACGCUAACAAGCGUAAGAUGGCUGGAUCGAACAUGCCUUCGACGGAUCUGACGGGGUCCGAUAACAGUAACAGUCCCGUAUCGACGCCGGCUAAAAAAGUGAAGCUAGAAUCGACCCCGUCGCUUCCACCAACGUUUGCGGGAAUUGUGAACUCGAGCAGCAAAGACGAUUACGGCAUUACGGAGGAAGCUGUCAGGCGAUAUCUGAUGAGGAAACCGAUGACCACGACGGAGCUGUUGACAAAGUUUAAGAACAAGAAAACGGGUGUUUCGAGCGACAAAUUGGUAGAAACGAUGACACAGAUACUGAAGCGGAUCAAUCCGGUGAAGCAAACAAUACAGGGCAAAAUGUAUCUUAGUAUAAAGGUUGCCAAGUAGUCGGCUCUUGGCCAGCCACCUACCAUCCGAUUUCGCAACGCUGAAAA